AUGUGCAGAUUCGUUUGCAAUCACAAAUGUGUGCGUCUUUUUAUCCUUUUAGUCUUUUAUUCUCUUAAAAAUGUAGCAUCGUACUGGAACAAGGAGUUUGUCAAGGACUCCAAGACCAUGCCGUCCAUUGAAAUUAAACUUUCACCGCCAGAAAAUCCUUUGCCGCAAGUUGAGGACGAGAUUCACUUGUUGGAGUCGAAUAGAAUCGAGCUUGAGGAGGGAAUGAUGACCAAGAUGGAGGAAGAGUACAAUACGGCGCUCCUAGAGUCCAAAAAGAGGAUAAAGGAGGUCAUUGAGGAGAGUCUCCGCGUGUUUAACGACAAGGAGCUCAUGGCAGUGCUGCUCUCCAACGCUACACAUUUUGAAAAGGAGGUAAAGAAGCACUCGAACAAUGGAGAGAAUGGACAAGUCUCAUUUAUUCAGUUGGAUCAUGAGGUUAUUCCGAGCUCUGUCAGAGUCAUGAUGAGUGAUGUGGACGAACCGGAUCCGAUAAUAAAGGAAAAGAUGGACCAGAUAGAACAGGCCAGAAAUGAUCAGGAGAUCCAAAUGUUUUAUCAAGAGUCCAAGGAAAUGGAAGAACUCACCGAAAUUACACUUACAGAACUGGAGAAGGCCCUUAAGAUACAGCUCAACCCAUAUCUCGCUCUGAUGGAGGAAAUGGGUGGCCAUGUCAGAAAUCAUCAUACAGAAAGUAGCAAAAAUGUCCACGUUAAUGCUGGGAACCAAAAAAGGAAUCAGGGAGCUCCAUCCUUUAUCGAAACCCAGGCGGAGCCCCUGUCAAAUCUUCAGCAGUUAAACGUUAAAAUUGGGCAAUCCGACACACCAUAUCCCACAGUUGACGAUUAUGUAAUGAAUAUGGAAAAGAAACGAGACGCUGCAGAACGAGCUGGGCGUAACAGGGUGCUCAACAUGUACAUGAACCUGACCAAGGCGCAUCAUGAAAUGAUCAAGGAGGAGCUCCAUGUAGCUCUUAGCAAGAUAAUGUCGCAGUACGGUGGAGUCAUUGACGAAGCCUACAAAAAGUCGCUCUUGGACAGGGCGGAUGCUCACCCCGUCAGGGCGUAA